AUCGCCUGUUUCGGACGAUUUUUCCGGUGCUCGAUACUCUUAAAAGUACCUGGUCGGCGCGUUGCAAACUCAUAUUUGACUCAAAAGCAUCCGCCCAAAAAUGGUGUGGGAAGAAAUGGUCCAACUUUAUAAUCAUACCUUCGAAAAUGCUGAUCCAAGGGUUACAAACUGGCCAAUGAUGCAAAGUCCUUUACCAACACUAGUAAUAUGCCUGUCAUACGUGUAUGUAGUAAAAUAUUUAGGACCUCAUUUGAUGAAGAACAGAGAGCCUUUAGAUAUCCGGUGGCUUAUGGCAACAUAUAACUUUGCUAUGGUUAUAUUCAGUUUUUUAAUUUUCUAUGGUUUUGGAAUCUAUGGGUGGUUUGGAACUUACAGUUGGAAGUGCCAGCCUGUUGAUUAUUCAGACAGUCCUCAAGCCAUUGGUAUGGCAAGUGUAUGUUGGUGGUUUUUUAUAUCAAAAUUUGUUGAAUUUACUGAUACAAUAUUUUUUGUAAUGAGGAAAAAAUUUAAUCAAGUAUCUACUCUUCAUGUGACCCAUCAUGGAAUAAUGCCUAUGAGUGUAUGGUGGGGUCUUAAAUUUACACCAGGAGGACACAGCACAUUCUUUGCAUUUAUUAACAGUUUUGUUCACAUUUUGAUGUACAGUUAUUAUGGCUUAGCAGCUAUUGGACCACAUAUGAGCAAGUAUUUGUGGUGGAAGAAAUAUAUUACAGCAAUACAAAUGGUUCAGUUUGUGUUGAUAUUUACUCAUUCAUUUCAACUUCUAUUUAUCAACUGUGACUAUCCCAGUGGCUUCAUGUAUUGGAUUGGAUUCCAUGCAGUUUUGUUUUGGUUCCUCUUUGCCGAUUUCUACAGGAAUGCAUAUCGCAAGAAGAAACAUUCUCUUUCUGAAGACUCGAAGACUGCACAUUUAGAAAAAGAAGAAACUUCACUAACUUUCAGAAAUGGCUAUUCAGUUACAAAUGGCCACAGUUUAGGUUCUAAGGCUUUUCUGAAUGGUUGUUCAAAAGCAAACGGUUUUGUUAAAGGCAAUGGAUAUGUACCGAAUAUUUCUGAGAAUACUGAAUCACAAGCACAAUCUAAUGAAAUCCAGUGCCAAAAGGAAUUAGAAAACAGUAAUGGAGUUAAAAAAAUUAAUUAGUUUUAGAUUUUCAUACAUAGUGACAUUUGUACAUUGUUGGCGAAAUUUCAUGAAUCUCAGGCUGUAUGUAAUGUAUGAAAAGCUUAGUUAGAUUACAAGUACAAAUCUCCAACUUUAAGUUCCCUCCCUUCCAUUUGUUUUUUUAGUUUUCUAUAAAUAUUUCAUGAACAGUGAAUUACUAGUGAAUGAACCAUUAUAGAAUUUCUUCAGUCUAUGCAAAGCUAAAUGUAAUAUAAAUAACAACUUGUGAUCUUAAAGUAUUUUUUAUACUUGCACAUUUAGUAUAUGCAUGCUAGAGAUGCAAGUUCAAGAGCUGUAUAUGCUAAUGAAAAAAUAGGUAUUAAUAUUUUGAAAGUUUACCUUUUCCCAAAGUGUAUUGCUGUAAAUUUUUGACUCGUGAAAAAAAAUUAUAUAAUAUACAUUACAUUUAAAAUUGUUUUCUACAAAAAGCAAAAUGUGAUAAAAGUGAAAUUUUUGCUUACGGCAUUAUUUUUUGGAAAAAUUGAAAAUAUCUAACGUAUUUUCUAGAAGCUUUUUUCUUUUUAUGAAAAAAAAAAAAAAAAAAUUUUCUUUUCUCAUGAAUAAAUUAUAAGUAAGCUAGUAAUAAUGUGAUACCAUUUGGCACAAAUCUCAUUUGAGAGGUCAUUAGGUUUGAAGAAUAUAAAUUUAAAUGAUUCAUUUUUUACAAUUCUAGUGUUUUCCUAUCUAAAGUCUUUAUAAACAGUUUACAAGCACAUUUUUGCACAUAAAUACUCGUGUAAGUUUCAUUUUCAUUAUCCUGUAAAGCAGUGCUUCUCUUUCCAAAUGCUGCAAUACUCUGAUAUAUAACAAUUUUAAUGAAAUUUUUGGAGGGUAAAUAUUUUUAGCUGCUUUAAGACUAUCCUUUUAACAAUUGUAAAAUAGUGUAAAUAUAUUUAUUUUUAUGAUAGUUGUAAGGUUUCUAAAAUCUUCUGCUUCUAUUAAGUGUAGUUUUGUUAGACCAUUAAUAGAGCGAGAAUAAUUCUUAAAAUAUAUAUCAAAUGAAUUGUGAAGUCUAGUACCUUCUUUUUUAGACGAAAAGAUAGUAUUGUACUUACUGAUCUAUAGAAAUAUCUAAACUAGUCACCACUUAUUUCAUAAAAAUUAAUAAUCAUCUAUUUAAAAAUUUAAUAAUUAAAUGUCAGCUGUCUAAAAAAUCAUUUGUUAUUUAAUACCUUAAUGAUUUCAUUAUUUUCAAGGUAUUUAAGCAAUUGUUAUUUCUAAAAGCGUACUCUGAAAUACAAUUUUUCCUUAAUGAAAGUUAUUUAUUGAGCUCACAAUUACUUAUAGAUGAGAUAUGUUAAGUCAUUUUUGAUUAUUCUGUAAGUUUGAAUAAAUUUCUCAUCUGCAUACUCGUAAAUUUUUCUAAUGUAAAAUAUGCAAAGGAGGGAGAAAAUGCUGUAGAAAGUUUUUAUUUUCCUGGUUUUUUUAAAAAAUAUGUAUAUGACCUUUUUAUUGCUAUGUCUGUGUUUACUUAAUUAUGCAUUAUAGUGGGAAAAAAAAAACUUCAGUCACACUUAAAAAAUUAACCAAAAGCUUAGUUAAAAAUGAUAAAUUUAAUCUUUCUUUAUUUUUGUUAAUUUUAGCACUUUUGGGGGGUAACAUAGUAGCACUUUUUUUUUAAAUUAUUUUCUGAAAUUUUAUUAAAAUGAGUGAAAUUAUUGCUGUGACUAUAUCUGGUGAAACAUUCCUUUUUCAUUAUACUGCACCAGAAAAAAGAGCAGAUGAACCAUGUUGUGAUUGUUAAAACUUUUUAGUGAUUGCUAUAAAAUACUUAUGGGAGCACUGUGGGCACUUUAAUAUUACAGACAUGUGGAAUUUUUGCUGUGCUUACCUCAUUUGCUUUUUAGGACUAAACUCUUAUAAAAACUUUUUAUGAACAUAGUUCUGUUUUUAUAAGAAAAGGUAAUGUUCAUGAAAACACCGAAUGAAAACUAAUCCUUAAAAAAUCACGGAUAUAUUUCUAUUUGCAAUAAUUCAUGAAGCUAUUUUCGUCCAAAUGUUCAAACAUCUCAACGAAUAUAAUUAUAUUUAAAUUGUGUAAUUGUGAGUAAAUAUUUCCUGUAAAUCAAGAAGUAAUUACAGAUUUAACUGAAGACUUAAAAACUGCAUUUUGACUUUCCAAAAAUUAAACUUUAUUGGUAUGCUCUUAGUAUAGUUUUGAUUUGGAGUACUUGUUAAGGUGAUAUUAGUAAUAGUAAUAGUUCUGUUGUGCAGGUAAAGUUUCUAAUGUGUUCAAAAACAGAAAAACGUAAUGAGACUGUGUUUUUUUUUUUUUUUUUUUUUUUUUUUUUUUUUUUUUUUUUUUUUUUUUUUGUGGGGAAGGAAAAUCACCUUGUAGUUUUCCUUUAACAACUAAGCUAAACGAAAGUCUUAUCCUUUCAAAUCAUCAAAUAACUAUUGAGUUAAUUGUACCGCUUCUCUCUCUUCUUCUAAUUUACUUUAAAUCUGUACAUGGCCAAAUUUAAAGUUUGGAUCUAUUUACCUUUCUGUAAUAAUUUUAAUAAUAAAGGAUUUUUUUAAUUUAUGCAGCAUUAUACAAUUUUCCGUAAACAAAAUUGUAGAUCUACUGUUAUCUCACUUUUAGUGUACAAGGUUUUGAAUAUUUACUUAACAUAUGUUUUUUAUGUCUGCUUUAAUAUGUUUUACAGUGUUGUAUUUCAUUUCUAAAUCUUUGUCAAAUGGUUUCAAAUGCAGUCCUAAGUAUAAAAAAAGAUUUAUCUUUGGAUAUAUAUAUAUAUAUAUGGUUAAGCUUCAGUUUUAUCAACAGUUCAGUUGUAAAUUAAAUAUUACUUUUGAGUAUUUGAUCUUGUAUUUUUAUAGUAUUUGGUGAUAAUCAUUUACUAAUCAGUAUAUAUAUAUAUAUACAAAACACUUCUGACCCUUUAUGCUUUGCAGAUAAGUCUUUAGCAUAAACCAAAGAAUGUGUCAUUCAUUUAGCUCUUUUAAUUGUGGUUUUUGGAGUUUCAUGAAAUUUAGCUUGAGAGGUAAGCACUGCAGAGUUAAGAUUAUAUUUGAUUCAAAUGAUUAAUAUUUCCAAUUAGCUUUCAUUGCUAAUGUUACUUAUAAAAAAAAUAAAUUUUUUUUUUUUUUUUUUUUUUUUUUUUUUUUUUUUGU